CUGUCAUUUUUCUCCCUCAUCAGGUACUGUUACGAGUGCCAUGGACCUGGUCGAGUGGUAUCCUGUCCAACCUGUUUUCGCGUGUUCCACUCAGACUGCUUACCAACUGCCAAUGAAACCCACUGGGCCAGUCGCUUACCUGUAGAGGAUCCAACCGUUGGCAGUAACUCAAAGCCAAAUACGGGCUUGCCACCGAACUACCCUUGCCCCGUUUGUCAGCGUUUGGAUCGGGUAGCUGACACUAAGGCUGCUUCGGUUGCUGAUUUGCAAAAGAUUUUUUGUUGUGCAUUGGAUUGGAUUCGGGGCAAAGUACACUGGAGAACUAUGCAGAAAGUUGGGUAUCUAUACGAACCACAACGAAAUGAGUUUCUUGUUUACCGACAAACUAAUACACGCAUAAUUGGCGACAAAAUGCGUGCAGAUCCGUCCAAAGAUGGAUAUCCCAAUCGUACCAGCCUUUUGGUGGAGCUUGAUAAUUUAGUCCACAAUGCAGCAGUUUUAUACGGUAGCAAAAAUGACAUGAGUAACAUGGCUCGUCAAAUUCGUUUGCAGCUGAGACGUGCAAUGCGGGAAUCGGCAUUUUGCGUGGAUUGCUACUUGAGGCCGGCUUCUAUGUCUUCAGUAGCACGUCUUACCUCUCCAUGCCGCGUCCCCCACAGAUUACUAUGGUUUCAACACAACGGGUGGUCGUUUCGACCGUGCAAGAUGCUCUAUGAAAGUAGUGAAGGCUACGAGGUGGUUUGUUUCGGCGGACGACAUGAGAGGGAAUUCGUACCUCGGCCUCGAGCGGUCGACAUGACUUUCACAGCCUUGGAACUCGGUCUUCGCUUAACCCCGUCUCUGAAAAAAGCAUUAGACGAAGCUGAAGAGUAUAAAGCAAAUCAGAGUGCUUAUGAUCGUGGUCUUUCAAAACCGAUAACAUUGGAAAGCAAGCCUAGGAAAAAAUCGCGUGGGUCCGAUAAGCCUAAUUCCGCUCGACAAUCCCCUUCUUCUUGUGGUGGCAGCACCGAAGUGUCCAAUCGAAAACGUAAAGCCGUUCCAAAAUACCACUCCUCUUUUGGAUCUGUGGAUUCAAGCAGUACACUUUCGGCUAAUUCUUCUGCAGUGAUGACCGGAACUAAGCGCCGAAAAUCUUGUCGUUCACCGAGUCCGGAUAACAACCCUGCCGAAGUUGGCCAGCAUACCAUUGGUUUAGACGCCUACGGACCCGCAAUGCAAGUUAGACUCCGAGACUUAUCUGCAGACAGUUCACAUGAGUUCACUGAUGGUAAGCGCUUUUUUCUCUCAAGUGCCUUUGUUGACCACUCAUCGUACGUUCCUCGUCUACAAUUCCUCUUACUCGAGAUAGCUAUCGUGAUAGGUAUCAGGUUUGUAGUAAUUUGA